AUGACCCGUUGGCUCGCCUCACCACUCUUAUUCGCCGCCGCCGGUCUGGGAUGGCUCGCCUCCCCCGUCCACGCGCUACCGGCCCACCAUCACGGUUCUACUAAUAGUCCCCCAGUCGUCAAAGUCAAGAAUGGCACGUACGCCGGUAUCCAUUCGGCCGAGUACAACCAGGACUUCUUCCUGGGCAUGCCCUACGCGCAGAAAGCGCCGCGGUUCACUGUCUCGCAGCACCUGAACUCGUCCUGGGAAGGGAUCCGGAACGCCACCGCUUAUCCGCCGCACUGCGUCGGCUACGGCAGUGACAACGUCGGGUAUCCGAUGUCGGAGGACUGUCUGUACCUCAACGUCAUCCGGCCGGCCGGCAUUGACGAGACGGCCAAGCUGCCGGUUGUAGUAUGGAUCCAUGGCGGUGGUUUGUUCAUGGGCGGCUCCGCAGACCGACGAUACAACCUCUCCUUCAUCGUGCAAAACAGCGUCGCCCAAGGCACCCCGCUGAUCGGCGUCAGCCUCAACUACCGCCUCUCGGCCUUCGGCUUCCCCAUGGGCCAGCUGGCACUAGACGCAGGCAUCACCAACCUCGGCUUCAAAGACCAGCGCCUGGCCCUGCGGUGGGUGCACGAGAACAUCGGCGCCUUCGGCGGCUCCCCAAACAAGGUGACGCUCUGGGGCGAGAGCUCGGGCGCCGAGAGCGUCAGCGCGCAGACGCUGGCCUACGGCGGCCGCGACAACGGUGGCCUUUUCCGGGCCGUCAUCGCCCAGUCCGGCUACGGCGGCUUCAUCGGCGGCCGCUUCCCGGGCGGGCUGAACGCCACGGACCGCAUGCAGCAUGUCUACGACACGCUCGUGCGCAACACCACCACCUGCCGCAACACGGUCGGCACGAGGGAGUCGCUCGACUGCCUGCGCGCGCUGCCGCUGGAGGAUCUGCACCGCGCGCUGAACGGCACGGCCGCGAACCCGUGGGGCCCCGUGCUCGAUGGCGAUUUUGUUGCCGACUACCCUUCCAGGCAGCUGCGCGAGGGGCGGUUCCCGCCCGUGGCGGUGCUGAUUGGGUGUAACUCGGACGAGGGGUCGUCGUUUGGGACGGGGUAUGGUCCCGGGGGGCGGGGGGUCGACACGGACGAGGAGAUGAGAAGGGGAAUUGUUGACGCGAUCGUGGGACUGGACGUCGUGCACGGCAAAUCGUCGUCGUCGUCGCGAGAGGAGCAAGUGGCUGAUGAGUUGAUGUACUUGUACCCGGACAUCCAGGCGGUUGGCGUUCCUGGGUUGGAUAAAUGGCCUGUUAUCCAAGCGGGGGACGCUGUUGCUGAGGCUAUGGGAUUGCAGUACCGCCGUACUGCGGCGCUCUUUGGAGACUUCAAGAUGCAGCACGCCCGCCGGCGCGCGAACCUCGCCUUCGCAGCGCAGGGCCUCCCCUCGUGGAGCUACCGCUUCGACGUGGUCCUGCCGGGCCUGCCGGGCUUCAUCGGGGCCACCCACUUCCAGGAGGUCGCCUUCGUGUUCGACAACGUGCGCGGCGACGGCUACGAGGAGAAUCCCUUUGCCAACAACACCGAGGCGCUGACCGCCCUGGCCAAGACCAUGUCGACGGCGUGGGUUAACUUCGUUACCGGCCUGGAUCCGAACGGGCCGAACGGCCUGCGAGGAGUGGAUGCUUGGCCGGUGUAUAAUACCAGCGCGGGCGGCGGAGUGGGCCAGAAUAUGGUGUGGUCUGACAAGGGCAGCUAUGUCGAGAUGGAUAGCUGGCGGGCGGAGGGGAUUAACUACUUUAUUGAGAAUAGUUUGGCGGUGUUUGGUUUGUAG